CUUCGCUCGUUCACGUUCAUUCCUCCGCUCACUCAGUUUCUCUCCAUUUAUAUGCUCUUCACAUCCGAUAUGCUUGCGCUGCGGGAGACAUUGCAUCAAUGGCACGCGCGCGCGUUGGAGAAGGGGACGAAGCAGGCCUCUAUGUUCGCAGUGGCCAUUCCCUUCAUCCUGAUCACGAGUGUGGUAGUAAUUUUGCGCGUCCAUGUGCGGUUACGCUUGCUCCAUGGACGGCUGGCGAUGGAUGAUUACUUGUUGUUUGCGGGCACAUUUUUCACGAUUUGCCUUUCUGUUGCAAACAUGAUAUGCGGCUGGUAUGGUGUGGGCAUGCAUACGGUCGACAUCCCGCCCGAGAAUCUCACGCCAAUGCUGAAAGCAAAUCUCGCAACACGCCUUCUCUACGUUGUUGCCAUCUGCUUGGUGAAAUUCAGCAUCCUCGUCUUCUACCUCAAGCUUGAUCCUCGCAAGCCCACGAGAUGGACCGUAUAUUUCCUCAUGACGUUCGUGUUCGUGCUGUCCAUAGUUACGUUCUUCGUACUGCUUUUUGUUUGCGUGCCGCCAUCUCUGUUCUGGGACCCUGUUGGUCAAGCUCUGCAUCCGGAGAAGUGUAUGAAGCAAGCGACGCAGCAGACUUUUUUCAAUGUCAACGGCAUCAUGAACAUCGUUCAGGACGUUAUGAUCUACGUUCUCCCUAUACCUAUUGUCUGGAAGUUACAAAUGCCACGCCGACAGAAGAUCGCUAUCGCUACUCUUCUUUGCGUUGGACUAGUCGCAGUUGCAGCCGGAUGCGUGCGCUUUUACUAUGUUCUCUUCCUCGCGAACGAAAAGGACAUUUGGUACUACAUGGCCCCCUCUCUCAAUUGGUGCAGCAUUGAGAUCUAUGCAGCCAUCAUCUGCAACUCCGCCUCGACGUUCAAAGCACUUUUGAAGACCUAUCUCCCCAAGAUCUGGGGUAGUUACGGAAGCCGCGGCGGUCCCUCGGACAACCCACGCCACCAGUACAACCAAUCGCACAGCGGACAAUUCGGCAUGAAGCCGUUCGGCGCGUCGUCAGAGAAAUCGUAUAGCAACCGCAAAUACGGCGUCAUCGAUCUGACGGAGAUUGGGAACAACAGUGAAGAGGCCAUUGUGCAGAAGGGCAUUGGAAUGGGGACAAAAGUGGAGAUAUCAGGCACGGAGAGGCAAGUUCGAUGAGGGAUGGGCAAUUUUAGCGCAUAGGGUGACGCAAUGGAACUACUGAUAUUGGAGGGAUACACGGGAUGGUCUGGAAAAACCUCGAUGUCAAAAAUGAGCUGGCACGACGCAAUGAGUGCUUUGGAGUACUUCAUAUAUCACAAUUAGGGCACCGAGGUUAGCAAGUGGAUAGUAAAAGUCUCAUCUUU